ACUAUGUUCUUACAAUUGAAAAGUACAUGACUUUUUCUCAGGAGAAACAAAGCAGCGGAAAGAUUGAUUUGAAAAAACGAGGAAAAAUGAAUAGCUGUCAUUAUUGAACUGCAAAGUAUCUUUGCAUAGAAGAGUGGAGAUGUGUGCUCCUGUCACAAACUGACUGGGUGACAAGCAACUUUUCUCUUGCAGCUUGAACGAAGGAGCCUUCAGCGCUAUCUCUUGCCCUGGUGGUUGGAGUCAGGACACCAUGUUUUGCCUCCAGGUGCUGGUGCUAUGGUGCCUCCAGCUGAUGCUUCCAAAAUGGACUCUGGCCGCACCAACGAUCCCAAACUCCUUCUUCUACCAACAAUACCUCAAUGGGAAGGUCAACAAAUCCAGUUAUUACAAUAAUGUCAACCUCCAUGUGGACUCUGCUUUGUCGUCCGUGUUUGCACUCCGGGGGGGAAAUGCAACACUGCCAUGCAGGUUUUGGUACAAGCCUGAGCUCAACUCUCCCAGGGAGGUGCGAAUUAAGUGGUCCUGGUUUCCUGUCGCUGGGGGACCCCAGACAGACGUGCUGGCGGCUGUGGGAUCCCGCAGUCGAACUUUUAGAAAAUUCAGAGGACGUGUGCGGCUCAGGCUGGACUUUGCAGACGACGUUUCACUCGAGAUGACUGAACUCCGACUGAACGACACAGGCCGUUAUGUCUGUGAAGUGGUGGAUGGACUGGAGGACAAGAGAACUACAGUGGAUCUUGAGUUGAGAGGUGUAGUGUUUCCAUACCAGCAUCCUCUUGGACGUUACUACUUGAGUUUUCUGGAGGCUCAACAGGUGUGUGAGCAGCAGGACGCCACACUGGCCACUUUCAGUCAGCUCUUUCAUUCCUGGGAGGACGGACUGAACUGGUGCAAUGCAGGCUGGCUGGCCGAUGGGACAGUCCAUUACCCCAUCUCCCAGCCCAGAGCACCUUGCGGAGGCCCCGGGCUUGCCCCAGGCAUUCGGAACUAUGGCAGGCGCCAGCUGACCCACCAUCGCUAUGACGCCUUCUGCUUUUCCUCUUCGAUGCGAGGGCAAGUCUACUAUUUUCAACCUUCCCACAAAAUGAACCUGACCGAGGCUCGACAGGCCUGUGAGGAAGACAGAGCACAGAUCGCUAAAGUUGGACAGCUCUAUGCUGCAUGGAAAUUCAAAGGAUUGGACCACUGCAAUGCCGGCUGGUUGGCUGAUGGAAGUGUUCGCUAUCCCAUCACAAGGCCGCGAAGAAACUGCGGUCCUUCUGAGCCGGGAGUGCGCAGCUUCGGUUUCCCUCCUCCGCAGGAAAAGUAUGGAGUUUUCUGCUACAAAGCAGAGGAGUGAUGUAUAGUAGAAGCAACUACAGUACACUCUUCUUAUGGCUUGGAAACAUUUUAAUUUUCAUCAUUUUUCAUAAGUUCUCAGCUUUAUUCAUUUGGUAUGUUACAAAUGUACUAUAACACGUUCCUCCUAGUGUAGUUGACUUUAAAAGAGUCUUUGUUAUAAGUGUGUAAUUGAUGCAAGAGCUGGAAUUUGCAAUAAAUGAAAUUAUUAUAAAGCA